AUGGCGGUUUCAGGAGGCGAGUUGAAGGGUAAAAAACGUAAAUCUGGAGACUCCCAUAAGGAGUCCAAGAAGAGCCUUCAGGUUCUCUCUUUGAAGGAAUCUUCCUUGCCCCCGUUUGUUACGACAAUAUCCGGUUCUUACCCUCCCGAAGGAACUCGAUUUCAGCCCAUUCACGCAGACGGAAAGAAAACAAACGAUGUCUCGCUUAUUGGAAGAACCGAGCGUGUCCAAUUUGAAGCCAAAAGCAAGCCUACUAGCAACGUUGAGUCCAAUUACUGCUUGGCCAUUGCUGACAAGCAUGGUCGUGUAAAAAAGUUGGUUCCUACCCGCUACCUUAAUACCUUUGAGCGAAAAAUUUUAGCUUUGAAAGAAAAGGAUGAGCAUAUGAAAAAGCAACGUGGUGCUGUUAGUGGCACAGUGAUGGAACAACGCGCCAACCUUGGUUUAGCCUUUGGUACUAAGAAGAACCAAAAGGCGAUUAUGGAGGAAUCUGCUAAUCGUGUCAAGGCUGAGGCGUUAGGCGAUGUUAAGGACCAACUUGUUAGUAAUGUUCAAAAGGCCACUGAAGCUUUACCUACCCAAGAAGAGCUUAAUGCCUAUCAAGCACAAGAUCGACCCAUUCCUCCUGUUCACAUGGAUGCAGAAACUGUUGAAGAAGCUUACAAAUUGGAUGACAUAAUUCCAAAAGAAGAAAUGUCUGCUAUUUAUAUCAAGCCAUUCUUGGAUUCUGCCGAGGACAAGGGAUGGUCCAAAAUGUUGCCAUACCGUCAUUCUGUCUUUGUCAAUGAGCGCUUCUCUCGAUUAUUGUCGAUUGAGGAAGUUGAUCACAAGCGUGCUAAAAUUCUCUACUAUAUUUCACUAUUGCAAGCAUUUUUGUUUUCUCGUCGCUCUGUCACGGAUCGCGACACUUUGCGUAGAAAGCUUGCUGACCCUCCGGAGAUUUUAAUUGAUGGCCUUUUCAAGCGUUUCACACAAACAACCGGAACUGGUGCGGUGCAAGUUUCUAUGCGUCAGGUUGAUCGUAUAAUGUGCUAUCUCAUUGUCUUAUACCUUAUCGUUGACAAUUACUCAACGGACAUUCUCACUUUAGCUAAUGACUUGAACAUUAAGACUGUGGGAUGCCGAAUUAUGGCUUACUCAGAAACUCAACGUAUGGCUCUUGGUCUGAACAAGACAGAAGCGAAGAAUCACAAGAGGGCAGUUUUGAAGAUACCCCUUGAAUUCCCUAGACCCCGUCGUGGUCGUGCUAGAAACUAA